AGAUUUAAUAGGUUUGUUUUUAAAAGUUUUAAUAAAUCAAUAAAAUAGGUUUUCAAACCAAAGUUCAAGCUUCCUUUUUGAGGAACAUGUCUGGUCCACAACAAUUUGCAAAAUCAAAAAAUGGAAAACACUAAUUCUGCAAUUUUUUUCAUUUAUUUUUAUACCUUUUGUGGGAGUCUGUCCAUAGGAGUAAAAUAGAUCAUUUACAAAAUAGACUUCUAAAAUUGGAAUUGCAACAGGCAUGAAUGCAAUUGGCCUUGGCAAUGACACAGAUGCCACUAUAUUAGAAGUAGAAGAAGAAGAUGAAGUUGAUGGGUUUGAGUCCAUAGACAAGUUAGUCUUUGAUGAAAAUACUAAUGCCUUCAUACAAACUGAUCUAACUUCACCAGAACCUACAAAAAGUUCAAACAUAGAAGAUCAACCUUCAUCACACAAUAACGUCCAAGGAAAAAGGAGCAGAGAUGAUUUUGAAAAUAGAAAAGGAAAAAAGGUUAGUAAAACUCAAGAUGAGGUGUUAGUGAACUUGUCAAGUGGGUUUGGAAUAAUUGUUAAGAGCUUUGAUAAAAUUUGUGGCCUGAUGGAGAAGAGAGAGUCGAGAGAGAGUGGCCUUUUGGAUGCCAUGAAUGAGACACCGGGACUAACUGAUGAUGAAUGCUUUAUGGCUCUUGAUUUGCUUAACACCAAAGCAAAGCAAGAUUUCUUCUUGAAGAUGACUCCUGAACAACGAUUAAGUUGGAUCAUCUCUAAACAAAUGCAGUAGUCUUAAGAGUUAUUUUAGCAAUAGAUACUUUUUUAGUCGUAGUAUAAUUAAUUUGAAGAAGUUACAGAUUUGAUCAGGGACGACCACCGACGCAGCCUUCCGCAGAAGUCAACGACGAGCCCUCCCGCCGCGUCUGACUUCCCCUGCCACAUGCGAUGUCUCCCACCACCAGCUGAAUCCAGGCUCUGUUUCGUACACGAAAUUCAAACUGUGAAUCAAAAUUGGGGACAACAAUUUCAAUUUUGCUGUUUGGUAGCACAAAAAUAUGUGGACUUGGAAUUGGUGGUGCCAAAAAUGAAUUGGAAUUGGAGAACUCACUUCCAUUCAAAUCAAUUCCAUAGAAAUUUCAACUCCCAAUUCAAUUCCAGUUCCGUGUACCAAUUGGACCCUUACUCAUUUCGGUUCGUGCCUGCAAUUUGGCCUGGGGGCUGGGAGAGAGCUUUAGCUUCCUAAGUUUCUAAAGGUGUCUAUUGUGG